AUGUCAGAAGAAAUACAAUAGUCGAAUUCAGGAUAAUAGUUGAUAACCCAUUAUUUUAACCAAAAUCCUGAAAAUUCACAGGAUAGACAAAGAAUAAGCAGGAAGAGAAAGAUGGAUUCAGAGUUACCGAAGAAAAAGAUGUCUCUCAAAUUAAAAAGUGAUGAUGAAUCAUCCAAUGAUAACAUUUAAUUACAAUUAACUAAUCCACCAAAUUGUUAAACGAUCUACAAAUACUUGAAAUCAAACAAAGAUGUCAGCAAUGAAGCGGGCAAUUAGAGUAAAGCAUUGUAGUUAAAAAACACAGAAGAAGGUAAGCAAAAAGCUUAAGGGAAUGAUAAAAGUUCAUUUGUUAAGCCAAAGGACAGUAAAGUUAUUUUGUAAUCAGUUUAAAAACAGAAUGAUGAUGAAGCCAACAAAUUGUAAUAAAAAUUGAUGGAGAAAGAAUAAGUGGAAAAGCAAUUAAGAUAGGAGAAACAGCAACUAGAAAACGAGCGUUAAGAGUUAAUUCAAUAGCACAAUGCUUUUAAGAAGAGAACAUAAGUAGUGUUUGCAGAGGCCUUAAAAUAAGUAGAGGAAUUAAAGCGGGAAAAAAUGAGGGAAUAUCUCGAGAGGGAACGUUAUAGAUUGGGUGAGUUUGUUAGUUCUAGAAAUAAUGUGAGGUUUGUAGAGGAAUGGUAAGAUGGUUAUGAAAUUAAAUAAGUUAAAUAAAAUUUAUAAAAAUUAGAAAAUGAAAGAAAUGAAUUAGAAAAAUAAAAAAAUGAAAUUAAAGACAAAUCCUUAUCAAAGAUACAAAAAGAUAAAUAAACUAAACUACUCUUUGAUUUAGACCUAUAGAAUGGAGAUUUAGAUAACAAUCAAAGGAAACUCAGAAUCUAGUUCCAAUUGAGCAUUCUCAAGAAAGAAGAAGAAGAACUGAGAUUGAAACUAUAAAAACUAGAAGAAGAGAAGCAAUAAUUGGCAUACAAAACAAGGAGAUUCAUGGAAGAACAGGGGGCAGAACCAAAAUGGCCAUUGAUUGCUUAGAGAUACUAAACUUUAGGGUUGUUGGGCAAAGGAGGAUUCUCUGAAGUUUACAAAUCAUUUGAUUUACAAGAAUUUAGAGUUUGUGCUUGUAAAAUUCAUUAUUUAAAUCCAUAAUGGAAUGAAAAUGCAAAAAAUAAUUACAUCAAACAUGCACUCAGGGAGAAUGAUAUUCACAAGAGAUUGAAACAUAUUAAUAUAGUAUCCUUAUAUGACACUUAAGAGAUCGAUUAAGAUUCCUUUUGUACAGUAUUGGAAUUUUGUGAUGGAACAGAUUUAAAUUAGCAUUUGAAGAAGUAUAAAAUCUUAGCAGAAAAGGAAGCAAAGCUCAUUAUUCGUCAAGUGUUGGCAGCAUUACAUUACAUGAGUUGCAGUCCUACUAAAAUCAUCCAUUAUGAUUUGAAACCGCAAAAUAUUUUAUUUCAUAAGGGUGAAGUCAAGAUUACUGAUUUUGGGUUGUGUAAGGUUUUAGACUACGAUACCACUAGACAGGAAUUAACUUCCCAAGGAUUAGGAACGUAUUGGUACUUGCCUCCAGAAUGCUUUUUGGAACAGCAAAACAUUUAAAUUAGUACUAAAGUUGAUGUAUGGUCGGUUGGAGUUAUUUUAUUUGAAAUGGUUUAUGGCAAAAAACCGUUUGGAGAUGGUAUGUCCUAGGAAAGAAUAGCUUAGGAAAGAGUGAUUUUAAACUCUUAUUAGGUUAAAUUUCCUUAGAAACCAAAUAUUUCACAAGAAUGCAAAGAUUUCAUUACGAAAUGUUUGACUUAUAACAUGGAAGCAAGAUGGAAUAUUUCAGAAGCAUACUACUGCAAUUAUAUUUAGAAUUUAAAAACAACAAAUUGA